AAGAAGUACGGACAUCACGUCGGAUUAUCGCUCGUCUUCGAACAACUGGCACUGACAAUCCCCCACAUCAUCCUAAUCAAACCCACAGGGUGCAGAGCCAUUUGACGCAGUUCCCUAAACGACCAUAUCCUAUUUGAUCCGAACGAGCCCAUCAACAUGGACCCCAACCGCCGUUCAGCCUCGCCAGACCGCCGACCCGCUCAACCACGUCGGCCCAAAGAACUAUCCUUUUACAAAAAGUCUUCCUACUCCUCCUCUUCUUACUCCGGAGGUGGUGGAGGUGGAGGAGCGGGUGCAGUAGGCUCGUUCAGCAGCAGAAGAGACCCUCUGGACAGACUGGACGAUAAACGACGAGGGUUGGCCGCUGGGGCUGGGGCCGGGUCAGGGGCUGGGGCUGGGGAGGAUGUACCGGGACGGUAUGGAGGUAGUCGAGGAGAAUAUGGACGGGAUCGGGGUUCUGCCUCUUCUUAUUCUUCUUCGAGGAGGAGGGAGGACGAUUACCAGGAUCGGGAUCGGGAUCGACGGAGGGAGGCCCCGAGCCGAGGUUAUGGAAAUGGAAAUGGAAAUGGUUCGAAGAGGGAAGAUGAUCGUGAUCGAGAUUCUCUUCAAAAACGAGGUGUCGAUCGUAAAUUCGACGAACCAAGAUCAGGAGAAUAUACAGGCGGAGAACCUCUUCGAAGAGUGUCUACCCGAGACGAACGGGACGAAGGGACUGGCAAUUCUGCUUAUCGUGGUGGGGGGGAGUUGAGGAGGGUGGAGACGAGGAAUGAACCUCCGGCGAGACCUGUUGCUGCGGCCCCUCCGUGAGUUAUACACGGGGAUCGAGACUUACAUCGGGGUGCGAGGCUCUCGUACCGAAACUGAUAUCGAUACCUUGUUGGUUUGCCGGGAAUCUGCAGGGUGGCUUAUGGGCCUAUGAUCGAGAUCAUUGCUAACGAUCGUCUCGGACGU